GUAACGGAACGCUAUGUUUAUUUACGUUCGCGAGUCAAUCGCACGCAAAUCACAAUAGUCAUUACGCACAAAAAUAAAAAUUCUCAGUGUGAUGCUCUUUAAAAAGUUCUGAAGAUGUGGUAUCUACCAUGGUCUGAAAAUAUUAAAAAAAGAGCCUGCAGGUAUCUGCUACAACGAUAUUUGGGCAAUUUCCUCGAAGAGAAACUGACUUUGGAUCAGCUGAGUGUCGACUUGUACAAUGGUACUGGGACAGUCAGCGAUGUUAGCCUUGACUGCGAUGUGCUCAACGAGCUGGGAGAUGCACAGAAUUGGCCCUUGGAGAUAGUAGAUGGCCAUGUGAAGGAGAUUAUGGUCUCCAUCCCAUGGUCAACACUGUUUAAAGAUGACUCCGUUGUCAAAAUCAACGGAUUGACGCUUACCGUACAGCCGAAAGUGCGAACUGAACCAGUGUCAUCAAUGCUGGAGUCGAUGUGGUCCUCCAUGUCCUCUUCUAUGCAACUAGCCGCUGAGUGCCUGAAGGAAGAGGUUGGUCCCCAGGAUUCCCAACCCGUCGAAGGCAUCGAGAUGUUUGCUCAUGCCAUAGACUCAAUACUAAGCCGUGUCAAAGUGAAAUUUGAAAACACUAUAAUUCGUAUUGAACAUGUACCGAAAAACGGUGAUCGAGGCAUCGCACUUGAGGUCCAUAUAAAGAAUAUCGACUACUUCGACGAAGCCGGGACGGAACCGACCCCGGGGGAAACAGAUCCUGACAAGCCGAAAACCUACAUAGUAGCAACAUACACGAACAAAAAAAUUAAAUUCGAUGGAGUCACUCUAUACACAGACGAGUUCCCAUCAAAACUGCGGACUAUGGCACGGAGUCUCAUCAUGGAGAAGUCCAUAUCCUCACAAGUUGAUAAAACCGAGAAUCAAGAGACUCCAGACGUGAACUUUCAAAGCACCAUUUCGGAUGUUUUCUAUGAAACUAGAAGUGUGAUAUCUACCAUAGAAACAGAGACAUUCAAAGAAGCUAUCCCUGAAGAAGAGAAGAGUCGACCAGAGUCGAGAGAAUCGACGCCUGAGAAGGUCAAUCACCCCGAUCCGAUAUUAUUUGCCAAAUUGUUGGGAGAACAGGAAGUGGCCUUGAAAUUGAAGCAUACUUCGGAAGUGGAGGGGCCUAAAGUCGAAAUUAAUAUAUUACUUGGGUCCUUCAUUGUGUUCAUUACUCCGAGACAGCUACAUACGCUGAUAGAGCUCGCUGAUGCUCUCUAUCAGCCGGAUUUGGAGGACAGAAGUAACAUACCAUUGCGUCCUAGCGGUAUGUCCCAGUGCAAGCCGAUGAAGCCAGCAGACUUCCAACUGGUGGAAGCUCAAUUACUUGGUACCUUCGAGAAGCAUAACUCGAAGCCUGCUGGCGGUAUGUCUGGCUGGUCUGGGCCAAGUUACGACGAUACUGAGAAUGACAAUGAGAUAUUCUACCCAAUGACCUCGCAUGGCCACAUGACGGAGAGCUUCUCGUCUUCCGUCAGCUCUAUGAGCGCCAGUAUGACUUCCAGCGCUACUUUGCCCACAGCAGCGCCCAGGAUCAAGAGAAAUAAGAAAGUUCCCCAUAUCGAAGGUGACCCCACAGCAGAAGUUUCGCAUAUCAGCUUGAAAAUCGACUCUGUAGCCUGUGUAUUGCUGCAUAAGGAUAUUCUAGUCCCGACGUUGUUAGGCUCUGACGUCAUAUCGCCAAGCACGGCCGUCAAGCUGCAAGAAGUAGCCAGCGCCUUCUUCGCAAGCUUGGAGCCUUUCAGCAUUGUCGAUGACUUCACUGCGGCCAACGAGAUACUUGAUAGGACCACUUUGAAGAGCCAUUUGAGACUGCUAACGUCGGAGAUUUCAGUGGACGGCAGCGAGAAAUUGACGGCGGUGGGCAGUCAGAUGCUGUGUGAGGCAUCCGUCAAACAUCUGCUCGUCAGAGAGUGCCUCUACUACCCCACUGAGGAAGGGGAGAUGGUACAGGGAUACAACCUGAUCAAGUUCCUGAAUAAGGACGACGAAGACACCUCGAGUCGUUCCAGCCAGAAUGGCACGGCUGCGACUCAUGCGAACGUUCGGAUCACGUUCAAACAGACGUCCAAGUACGCGCGCAUGGCCGGCGGACAGAAACUUGUCAACCCUUCUACAGAUAUACUUAUAAAAUGCGCACCGUUCUACGUGGACGUGGAGCUGACGAUCAUAGAACGCAUGUGGGGGACGUUCUUCGGCGGCGUCAGUACCGGCACCGCUACGCCCCCCGCCACUAACGCCGCACAGAACCAGACCAGCGUCACCCUGCAGUGCCCUGACCUGCAUGCUGUGCUUAGAUUCCCAAUAGCGGAUCUCCGUCAAGGCAUAAACCGCGAGUUCCGCCGCGUGCGGCCCGACUACCUGCUGUUCAAGUUCCAGAACGCCAGCAUCAGCUCGCAGCAGACGCCCAGCGCCCGGCCCCAGCCCACCACCGUCCACGUACGGGCCACCGUGCUCGACCUGUAUUAUUACGAAAACGACAUAUUCCCGGGCACGCACAUAGCGCGCACCACCAUGGACGACAACGUCUCCGAGGGAAACAUCCUCAGUGGACACGUCACCUCCGCCGCCAUACCUACCAUAUCAAUAACCUUCAAACCGAAGAUCCCGGCAAAGGGACCAUUCGACGGUUUCAACGACGAGCCGACUCUCUUCGAGCCCGCGAACUCAAACCCGAUGACCACAUCGGUUUACCUCAUGAACAACUUGACUCCCAAGUACCCCAGCCCGUUCAGCGGGAAGAAAACGGCAUACCAAAGCAUUACUAAACAUGAAAACGAUGAUGAUGAUAAAGUAAAAGAAGAAGAGUUGAUAGUUCCUGGCAAUGAGGACGAGAUGUUGGAGUUCACGAACAACUCCAUCGACCUGUCCGCCAUACAUCUGGAGUUUAUUCUACCUAUCCUCAGCUUACAGCUUCAAUCAAAGCAGCUAUACGAGAUAAUCUACAACCGAAUAAACUCGGACCUGCUGCUAUGGGAGCCGCAGCCAGCAGAGCAGUACGACAUCAACCCCCUCCUCUACCCCGACCUCACCCCCGCCUUUGGCGCGUUCAAAGGCGUUGGGCAUGAUUCUGACACAGAAAGCACAUCGUCAGAGGAAGAGAACAACUUGUACUACUCGACGUAUGAUAAUAAGCUGCGCAAGGGCAUCGGGAACUGUCGGCCGCACGAGGAGACAGAGACGCACAACUUCUGUCUCACUCUCAAAGUUGGGAAAGGACUGCUUACUAUGUAUACUCCUGUCAGGGACAGCAACAAACGCGUGGUCCCAGGACAGAUGGGCGAGCUAGUACUAGAGGCGUACAACUUGUCCAUGUGCCAAGUGAGCGGCCUCAAUGGAAAGCCCAAGACCGCGCAGCUGUGUCUACGAGCUGACCGCACUACCUUGUACCAUGAUUCAAUGAUAACAAUACCAUCGGAGAAGCCUCCACUCCGCCAAUACGGUACCUUACUACCGUCCCACCUGAAGAGUACCAUCUACCCUUCAGGCAAGGGGGUGAUCAUCAAAGACAAACUCCUCAAGAAGGAUAUGUUCACUAUGGCUCUCAAAGUCGAGCCUGACGCCGAGUCUUCUAAUGUUAAGUCAAUCGUCAUAGCUCUGGGCAUAGAGCAAGCCACGCUUCGCUACAGGGGAGACAAGGGUAUAGCGUGGCUGACGCAGCUGAUGGACAUCAUUGACGUCAUCGACUACCCCGUGCCCGGGUACACCCCCUCCACUGUCAUGUCGGAGCUACAUGUACACGUCGUGGAUUGUGCUGUCGAUUAUAGACCACUGUACCUGCCAUUCCGCACGGUACUCACGCUAGGCAACUUCAGUGUAACGAGCAAUCUGAUAGCAGCCACGAAUACUUCGUGCCUACGCUUUAUAGCACAGGAGUGCACCCUGUUCCUGAUGCACAUUAUAGGGACUAAGCCCAACACAGCCGUGCCACUUGAUGACGACAAGUUACCUGAUAUAGUUAAAGACUAUGUCUGUGUCGUCGAUUUGGGAGUCUUCGAGCUAUCCCUCCGGAUGGCUGAUAAGAAUAAUUGCCCAGAGAAUCAACCGCACGUAGACCUGAGUGCUUCGAACAACAUGGUGACGCUCCACACGUGCUGGGACUCUGCAUCAGCUUUGUUCCGCCUGCUGUCCUACGCAGCAAUGGACGGGGACUCCACCCCGCCCAUCGAUCGGUCCUCGCGACACACCAGCAUCUGCUCCGACCAACCUUUAGAACAAUUAGUUGGACUAGACGACAGGCCCGUGGAAGAGAUAAGAGAACUAUCGCCGAGUGAAAUUCAACAGGUCAACGACCUCAUGGCUGAGGCUAUGAAAGAAAGCCCUAACAGCACUUUGGAAGAAGAAGACCUACAAAAUUCAAUGGAAGAGAAAAAUAAAACUACGGAGGUGUUUUAUUUUCCCGACGAGUCCAACAUGAAGCGAAGGCCCACUCUAGAACCCUCCGAGGAGGAACCUCGCGCCGCGCCCUUCGAAGAUUUACCUCCCAAGUUUUUCAAUGAUUCUGAAAAACCUUACAAUAUACAUGUUGCUAAAGAGCUAGGAGACCCUUCUUCUACUCCUAAGCGCACUCCUCGCAGGUCUAAGAGGAGAUCGACAAAAUCAAGUAGCGACGGUGGUAACACGGACGAUGAGUUCUGCUUCGUGGACUCGCAAUCGGUGCAUGCGGACGAGGAGAUGGACGAGCCGGGGGUCAGAUAUAUCCGACCUCCCUUCCCUCCUCCCCCUCAGCCGGAGCACCACUUCACUAAACCGAAGUUCAGGACUGAUGUCCUCGACGCACCUAAGGAUUAUCCACAACCAAUGUUAAGAUACAAGCUAUGUGAGAUGAGUAUAACGUGGAACAUGUACGGAGGCAACGACUUCCGAACGGUGGACCAGCCGCUACCCAAGAAGACGGUCACUAUUAAUGACCCUCGCUCACAAGGAUCACCUACUACUUCCAAACGUACGAAAGAGUACGAGCCGUACGAGUCGGGUCGCGCGGCGGCGGCGGCGUACCGCGCGGGCGGCGUGCGCUGGGCGGCCGGCAGCGAGCGCGUGCGGGCCGCGCGCCCCGCGCCGCGCCGCGACCUGCGCGAGCGGGGCGGACACGCGCGGGACCACAACACUAAAGUCAAAAUCUGUCUGUACAAGGUGAAGUUCAUAUACGACAUUUACCCCACGGACGGAGUAAUCGCGUCGCGUCAAACUCUGGCCAUCGCUAAGAUAGAAGUGCUGGACCAGCUAGUAUGCAGUGAUAUCAACAAAUUGCUCAGUCAAUACAGACACAAGGACGAACCCGAGAGGAAACAUGCUCACAUGUUUUAUAUAAAAUGCGUGCAUCGUCGGCCGGACCCGGAGCUAUCGGCGCAGGAGUGUUGCGUGGUGGUGUCUGUGCUACCUCUGUGGUUCAACCUCGACCAAGACACCCUGAACUUCCUCGCCGCCUUCGUCAACAAACUCGGCUCGGAUGAAUAUCCAGACGAUGACUCGAAAAGCGUGGGAGGCCUAUCUACAGACUCGAGUGGUUCCCGGCAGACAACGCCGACCCACCGGCCUCCCGUCAUGACCCUCGGCAGGGACCUUCGUGACCCUCCUCCCACGCCCUCCUCCAUUGGAGACAAUGACUCUAUUAAUGAGCCUAUGUACCGCAACGAUGAACCACUGAUGGAGAAGUACGAGGCGGAGCGCCUGGUCUCCGAGAACCUGAUCCAGCUGGAGGAGGACUUCCACAAGCUCGGCGUGCAGGAGAAGCCUCAAGCCAAGACCACCGCCGGCACUGAGCCUUUUGACGAUUCACCGAUAUAUUUCCGACGUUUUGUAUUCAAAUGCGAGGUGCCAAUUCGGCUAGACUACGUGGGCAAGCGAGUGGACCUGUCUGCCGGGCCUAUCGCCGGCUUGCUCAUGGGUCUAGCGCAACUCAACUGUUCUGAACUACUACUCAAGAAACUAGACUACAAAUUGGGGCUAUUAGGUAUCGAAAAGUUAAUACAAUAUGCAAGCACGGAGUGGGUUACUGAUAUCAAACGACAUCAACUGCCCGGACUGAUCGGCGGAAUUGGACCUAUGCAUUCUGUUCUGCAAUUUGCGGCGGGUAUAAAAGACCUGCUCUGGCUGCCGUACGAGCAGUGGCGGCGCGACGGUCGCCUGGUGCACGGCCUGCGGCGGGGCGCCGCCUCCUUCACCGCGCACACCGCCAUCGCCGCGCUAGACAUCACCACGCGACUGCUCAAACUCAUACAGGCAACAGCAGAAACAGCGUUCGACUUGCUAACCCCGGGUCCGACGCUGCAGCUGCAAGAAGCGUACGCCCGCCGCGAGAGGCGACGCCGGCGCAGGCACGACCCGGCCAGGCAUCCUUCGGACAUCCGGGACGGCGUCGCUAGUGCAUACCAGACUGUUAGGGAGGGUUUCGAAGACACAGCGGCGACGAUGGCGGCGGCGGCGCGGUGGUCGAACGGCGUGGGCGUGCUGCGGCACCUGCCGGGCGCGGCCGUGGCGCCGCUGGCGCUGGCGGCGGCGGGCGCGGCCGACGUGCUGGGCGGCGUGCGCGCCUCGCUGGCGCCGCACCACUCGCGGCACCACCAUGACAAGUGGCGCGCGCACCCGCCCGACACGCACACACACGAUUGUAUAGAAUAAGUAGAUCCCGUAAUCAACAAUGAUCUCUCUAACAAUUUAUUCUUGUGUAUAAUAUUGUGAGGGCGGAUUGCACUAAACUUAGAAAUUUGACGUCUCUUCGUUAGCGUAGUACCUUUACAUUCCUCGAUAAUAAAACAAUUUAGAUUUAGUAUAUUUUUGAUACAAUGUCGCUUGUUGAGUCAGCCACACUAUAUAAUAAUUAUAUUUGAUAGUACCUAUAUUUUGUAGUUUCCUUUUCAUGCUUUAAUCGUGUGGUUGGCUGUGGAGAUCAAUAUAAAAAUACAUAUCCAGUCAAACGCUCAACAUCGCAGUUUUAUAAUACGUAAACAACGGUUAGUGCAACCCGCUCCGUCUUCUGCUCAGCUCACCACGAGGCUCGUCCGUCGACUGCCAUUACGUUCACAUUUCGUUCAUCGAAACUUUUGCUAUUAGUGUAAAUCUAGAUGUAAGGUUCUUGGCGUUGAUCAGUAGGGCUGCGGCUAGAUACAUGUACUUGCCUCUAUUGGUAUAGACCCAUGGACACACGAUAUUUUUUUAUACAAUACGCGAUUUCAAAACGUGUGCUCAUCGAAAUGCGAUUGUAAAAAGCGCGCGUAGUGAUUCUAAAAUGUGAUGUAUUUUUAUACGAAGUUAUAAAUUUUCUUAAGCGAGGUACAAAACUGUUCUUUCUCGUUUCUGAUAUUAAAUUUAAAUUAUUUUAUAUAUUGGACAGGACACUGUUGCAACUAUAUGAAUAAUAGCGCUGACUUUGUAACUCAUAAUAUUACGGUAGAUUUAGUUUUAGUUGAUAUUUGUGUAUUUCAUUUUGUUAAUGUUUACAUUACAAGUACAUGCAUUUUCGUUCCUCAUUGAAAAUCUGUACGAAACGAAUUUUAAAAUUGUAAUUCAAUUAGCAGAACAUUGUCUAUAGAUGCCCUGUAUUCCUAUAUUUCUAACGGAGGGAUGCUAGUUGCACUGGAUAUGGCAUUUUUUACGAAGACUUAUCAUAUUCGUGUUAUGCAAAAUAAUUAUUAUGGAAUGUAAAUAAUGUUGUAUCCCCUGCAGCUAUAUUCGCCAGCAUGUUAAUACAACACCUACCUAUGAAGAGUUGAAGACUGUGGUGCUCGAGUUGAACAGUCUAGCAUUUUAGAGCAUUUAGCGGCUCCUUUAGAUUUUUUAUAAAUAAUCGUUGUACGGAAGUUUGGGUGCCAUGACAGAUAAUGUGAAUUUAUAAACAUUAGAUAUUAUAAUAUUACUUUCAUUAUACCGAGCUCCUAUUCGGAAUGUUUGUAAAUAGGUUUAUUAUAUAAUGACAUUGGGAUUUUCAAUUUAUUUUUUAUUCAAUAGUAAUGCAAAAUUCUGGAGAAUUUACUUCAAACAAAUCGCCUAACGCUAGACUUUACUGAGUAAAUAUCAUCAAACCGCCGCGCGGAUAGUCAGGAGGUGGAACAUAUAGUGACGGUGGAAGGUUUAUGCUAUUAUUUACUCAAGUAGAAAGCUUAUUUCAUUUUUACGCGUGAUUCCUUGAUAUCUAAUAGAGUAGUAAGACUCCAUAUUGUUUUUAUUCAAACAAAGAAAAUAAUCCUUUUGAUAAUAAAUCAAUAAAUAAUUAAAUGAUAUGAUUGCAA